GGCGGUUGUUGUUGUUGUGUGAGUGAGUGUGUGUGAGUGAGUGUGAGUUUGUGGAGAUAUUUAACCUUCACAGCCAGUGGCAAUGAACUCAGCCUGGGUACUAACAUUCAGCGCCAUCUUUACACCUGCCGUCUCCACGACUCGGGAGACAGAGACGCGGGGACACGCGGACAAGCAGAGAGACAGGGAGAGGGACAAGGUGAGACAGACACGGCGAGACACGGGGAGAGACAGGGAGAGGGACAAGGAGGUGGUGGAGGAGGAGGAGGUGGAGAAGGAGGUGGUGGAGGAGGAGGUGGAGCAGGUGGAGGUGGAGUAGGAGGUGGAGGAUGUCGCUGGGCCCCGAGUCGCCGAGCGACUUGCUGCUGCUGCUGCUGCUGCUCAAGGUGGCGGUGGACGUCUCCGUGCUGCUGCUGUGGCGGCGACGCUCGGCACGCGGCGACAGCCGCAGCUGCAGCUACAGCCGCUUCCACAGCUGUAGCUACAGCCACAGCUACAGCCACAGCUACAGCUGUGGCUACGGGAGCGGCUGUGGGAGCGGCCUCCUGCAGAGCUUCGCCGGCUGCCUCUGCAUCUCCCUCAUCGCCGUCGAAGCCGUCACCACAGGUGGCCUCCUCCACACCAACUUCACCUCCUUCUCAACCCUCCUCAACCUCCUUCUCCACCUCCUCAUCCACCACCUCCUCCUGAACCUUCUUCACCACCUCCUCCUCAAUCUCCUCCUCCUGAACCUCCCUC